AGGAGCUUCGCCAAGCACACGCAGGGCUACGGCCGAGUGAAUGUGGUGGAGGCGCUUCAGGAAUUCUGGCAGAUGAAACAGUCCCGUGGGGCUGACUUGAAAAAUGGGGCUCUAGUGGUUUAUGAGAUGGUUCCCUCCAACAGCCCUCCCUAUGUCUGCUAUGUCACCCUACCUGGGGGAAGUUGCUUUGGGAGUUUCCAGUUUUGCCCCACAAAAGCGGAGGCCAGGAGGAGUGCUGCAAAGAUUGCAUUAAUGAACUCUGUGUUUAAUGAACAUCCUUCCCGAAGAAUCACUGAUGAGUUCAUUGAGAAGAGUGUCUCUGAGGCCCUGGCAUCUUUCAAUGGCAACAGGGAGGAAGCUGACAACCCAAAUACAGGCAUUGGUGCCUUCCGAUUUAUGUUAGAAUCCAACAAGGGCAAGUCAAUGUUGGAGUUCCAGGAGCUAAUGACAGUGUUUCAGCUGUUGCACUGGAAUGGCAGCCUGAAGGCCAUGAGGGAAAGACAGUGCUCUCGGCAGGAGGUGUUGGCUCAUUAUUCCCACCGAGCCCUAGAUGACGAUAUUCGCCACCAAAUGGCCUUGGACUGGGUGAGCCGGGAGCAGAGUGUGCCAGGGGCACUUUCUAGAGAGCUGGCCUCCACUGAACGGGAAUUGGAUGAAGCCCGGCUGGCAGGCAAGGAGCUGCGCUUCCACAAGGAGAAGAAAGAUAUUCUCAUGCUGGCUGCUGGGCAGUUGGGCAAUAUGCAUUCUUCCAACUGCUAGGCAUCUACCUUCAUACUCCCUCUCCUUUCCUGGACCUUUUUUGUAUGUCUCCUCUCUAAGACUUAGGAUGAUUUCUGUACAUACUUACUCAAUUUUAUACUUUAAAAUAUAGAUAUAUAUAUAUAUAUAUGUAUAAACCACACCUGGAUUCCCAUUUGCUAGGAGAUCUCUUUUCUAACUUCCAGGUUUGGGGACCUCUCCAUUCACUUUAUGAGAAAGAGCAGGCUGUCUUUGGAGCUUGUACACUUCCAGAUUAAUUCUGUAUAGUCAUUUCAAUAACACAGUAUGAUCAAGUGUUCACGUCUCCCUUUAAAAUAACGGGUAUACCUAUGUACCCCACCCUCACCCUCAUUCUUGCUUUUUUUUUUUUUUUUUGGUCUCAAACAGGGUAUGAGUAAGAAAUCUUUGGCUUUGGUUUAUCUUGAGCUGGAUCUGCUUGGUAUCCUCCCUGUCCCCACCACUACCUUACUCCUUUGUCUCUACUAACCCUUUGUUUUGAGGGUUCCCUACCCUAUUAUUCAGAAAGGAGUGAAAAUCUGGUUUAUUUUUUUAAAAUCAUUCCUGAGAAAUUGCCCAUCAAUACAAGAGGAAUUAUAAACACAAUUCAUGGGGUUACUUCCUAAUUUGCUUGGAAGCAAUCUCUAUGAUUUUGGAAGUCCAGAUUUCUAGAAAUACUCUAUAGUAAGAUGGGGGUAGGGGGUUAGGCUGGUUAUCAUUCAGUAUUCCCUUUUCACUUCUCCCCUGCUCGCCUAGUUUAGUUAAACCUUAAACCUUCUACCUGCAGAGACUGGUAGAAAGUAAACUUCUAUCCUGACCACCAUCCACAUUAUUUUGCUCUUUAAAAGUAAUAUCUGUUCCAUUUGUUAAGUGAGGGCCAGAUUUCUCUCCCUACCACCAAAUUGGUACUGUUUACUGCCUUAGAUGUACGUAGCUUAGAUUCUUAUUUCUUUCUUUUCCUUUUCCUCCACACUGAUUAUUAGAACACGAGUUGAUUAGGAAAAUAAGAUAAACCUUUGGCAUUUUGGUACUUCCUAAUUGAAAACUUAGGAGUCUGCAAGAGGGGAAAGAGAAUCAAUGAUCAGCUAUUUGUGUUUUAAUAUGGUUCUUCUCUCCAGCUCUUUCUUGGGUAAAGUAAGAAGUGAUCUAGAGUACAGAAAGAGCAUUCUCCUUUUGGAAAACUAUAUGUGCUAAGAUAGAUUUCCCCCUUUGCUUCUGUGAUCUCCUUUAUAUAUUAUUGUUCAGUGCACUUUCCAAACUGAGUUUGGGAAGUUUAAUGCUUCUGCAUUUGGACUUUUUAUUUAUACAGAAUUUUCUUUUAAAAGUAGAUUAGGAAACAGACCACUUUGCUCUUUGGAUUAGAUAACAAGAUGAAAGGCAGAUUUCUUGCUUUUGGAAUCAUCUUGGUGACCAGUACAUAUGGAAUCAGAGAUAAAGAAUCCAGCUACAAUUUUAUUAGUGCUUGAAAGUGGCUUCCUUGAUUCUCUAAGCCCCAUCUUUAUAUUCCAUGAAACACAUGUAAUAUUGGAGUAGAGCUCCUACAUUAAAUAAUAGGUAUAUCUGGUUUUAUUUAUAUUUAUAAUCCCCCCCCCAAUCAUAAACCCUCCAGUUUCUCCUGUGCUCCUUUCUCUGGGAAGAAGUGUUAAGGGUGUGAGUUUUGGGAAGAAUUGUCCUUGUACUUCCUAGAUUUAUUCUUUUUAUCAAAUACCCCCAAAUCCCAAAGAAUUUGAGAAAAAUUGUUCCCUUAUCUGUCCAUUUUUGUUGUCAAAGAUUUUAGUUAUCUUCUAAUGCUUUCUAUGUAUUUUAUAUGUAUAAUUUUAUAUAAUUAAAAUAGAUUUUUGUCUAGUGAGCCAGAAUGACUCUUUCUUGAGACCUAUGUAUCAGAGAAGCCUAAAAUGGCUCCAUUCAUUUACACAUUACAGAAGAAUUCUGAGUAUUUUGGGAGUGGUAAAAAUAAAAUUGCACUGCAGGGGAAAGGCAUUCUGCCUCCCCUUCUCUAGACAUUUAA